AUGAAAGAUCAUAAAGACCCAUAUAUACGUGAAGCAGCCAGAUUUAUUAAACGUGCAUGGUUAGAACAAGCGAUGAAAUACUCUCAUAUACCAUUAAUUAAUUGUGAAAUUGAACGUGUUAUGUCAGAUGCUUGGAAUCCAUCUAUGACUCCAAUUAAUAUACCAUUUCGACAGUUAAUGUCUAAAGAAGAUAUUAAUAAUUAUCAAGAUGCUGUAAUUAAUUUAGAAAAUAUUUUAGAAAAAGAAAAUUUUCCAUUACCGAUUAAUGAUAAUCAUAAUGGAGAAGAAAUAGUCAACAUAAUUCGAACUGUAUAUCAUAUUAUUUAUAAUUCAAACUUAACAGUUGAUUUCAAUUUAUUACCAGCAAUACUUAUUCGAGAUAAAAUGAAAAGUUUUCUACAUACAGUUGCUAUAUAUUGUUUAAAUGCUAGUAAAAAACUAGGUGUGGUCUUACCAGCAUUACAGCAUUUGUUUAACAGUGAAACCAUUUCGCGAUUAAAACAAGACAGUAUUUAUUUAGAUCAAAAAUUAUUUUAUCGGCCAGUACUAAGUAAGACCAGUGUACUUGAUGUGAUUCAAAAUCAAGAUUAUUCAACACUAAGACAGAAUAAAUUAUUAUUACGAAAUAGUUUUAACACUGAAUCAAAAUAUCGUAUACAAUUCAACCGUUUAAAAAAUGAUUAUUCAGAACAACGUGCAUUAGAGCAUAAAAUUCGAGAAGAAGAACAUUAUCGUCACUCUGUAACGUUUGAUAUCGAAACAUUAGAUAUCAUCAAAACUUUUACGAAUAUUUUAAGCCAUCCAAAUUUCGAUCAAAGAAUAAUAGCUACAAAUGAAAUGAUCAAUGGUAUUGAUGAUUAUUCAGUGCCAGUAAUACAAGACGUACGAAGAAAACGUGACGAAGCUUUCAAUGCAUAUCAACAAGCAAUUAGACAAAAAAUCAACGGUGAUUUUCUUAAAACUAAAUUCAUUGAAGCUAAAGCUACUUAUGCAGCCACUCUUGUUUCCGUCGAGCAUUUAUGGAGAGAAUGUAGUCACUUGCACACCUGUGAUCCAGCACGUUAUUAUUAUUAUCCAGAGAUGGUUGCACAAUAUUUGAUUGAUGGAUUUCCAAUAGAAUUGUUAGGUGGAGACGCUGGUAUGACUUGUGACAAAUGGGUUGGUACAGUGUUAAAGGUGUUAAACACUAAAUUGCAAAGCAUAACAAAAAAAAAUGACAUAAACAUUUUCGUUUUAAGUAUAUUAGGUGUACAAAGCUCCGAUAAAUCAACUUUACUUAAUAUGAUGCUUGGUGUACGUUUUCGUUCAAGUGCUGGUCAAUGUACUCGCGGUGUUAACAUACAGUUAAUUAAAGUAGAAGAUCGUGAUGAAUAUGAUUAUAUGUUAUUAAUGGAUACUGAAGGUAACCCCGAGUGA